AUGUAUAACGGUUUCUCGUAUUCACACGUACACGCGAAGAACAAGACUCGAUGGUACUGUUCUAAGAGGUUGACUGGAUGUAAGGCCAGAGUGGUAACGACGGAAGAGGGAGAAUUCCUUAAUGCUAUUGAUGAAGUAGAGUUCGUAACAACUGCCCAAGGAAAAGGUCAGUUGCUAUUGUACCAAGGUAACACAUUUGCCAAUGUGUACAAGAAAAUGUCAUGGGUAUGUUCAAAGAAACAUUCCGGAUGUACGGUCCAAAUAAAGACUACUGUGGACGGAAAGUUGAUAUUUUGUAGAGGUGCCUUAGAAUACAUACCCAUUAACCGUGGAAGAGGACAAGGUGUUUUAAUAGUACACAAAGGAUAUACUUUUUCCAAAGUGUAUGAAAACAAUGCAGAAGUAAUAUGGUACUGUUCCAAAAGAAAGAGUGGAUGUAGAGCUAAGCUUAACACCACAACCGAUGGCAAUUUGUCUGAAUUUGUGGGAGAGCAUAAUCAUCAGGCUCCAAUGAUCUUUAGGUCUCCAGAUGGAGAUAUAUAUAAAAUU